AUGAAUGCAACACCAAAAUUAACCAUGGCAAACAUCAACACGCAGCAAAAGGAAAUCACACCUACUCCCAACUCCAUACGAAGCAUGUCGAUAGCUAGCAUCGAUCGAAGUCCCCGAAACUCCAUAAUCUCGCUAGAUGAAAACCUACGAGUGCACACGCGUAAUAACAGCUGUGCUAGUUUAGCUUCUUUGAAUAUGACCAUGACGCCUCACACGGUGCCCACGACGAGAGAGCGGAAAAUCACUAGUGGUGUCAGUGGUGUUAGCGGAAGUGCUAUUGUUUCCGAUGAUGAAAUUUCGGAGGAUUCAAACUCAAGGAUCAAGUCCACUUCCACUCCAACUUCAACUUCCACUCCUGCUUCUGCUUCUGCUUCUGCUUCUGCUUCUGCUUCUGCUUCGGCUACUUCUCCUUCGCAGGUUCAACCUCAGCCAGUCAGUGUGAGGUCCAUGCUCAAGCCAUUUAGACGUAUGAAAAGCUUCAAAGAUGACACCAAUGGCGUAUCCCAUUUCCAAAACUUUAAAUUUGGUUCUUCCAGUGCUGAUGGUUCGGGUGGUGCUUCCGGUGAUGCUUCUGCUUCUGGGUCGGGUGUACAUAGCGUUGGUGCGAGUCCCACGGCGGAAGCGACAAACUUGAACUUUGCUCGAUCCACUCUAGAUCUACCACCACCAUCUUCAUCCUCAUCAUCAUUUGAUAAAUUAGCAGAGUCGCAGUUGUCAGUUAAAAAGAUGAGAAGCAGCAAUUCCAUCCAUCCUUCUAUGUUUAUCAAGAGAAAAUUAGCGUUGCAACAACAAGACUCCACCAUGGCCAUGCAAAUGAGCAGUAGUAAUAACACUUUACUGCUGCUGCAUCGACUACUUGCAUCGCAUCCGCAUCCGCAUUCACAUCCACAUCCACAUCCACAUUUGCAUUUGCAUCUGCAUCCACCGCCACCGUCGUCACCAUCACCACCUCUACAUUUCCCACUCCGGAAAAGUUUGAUCGCAAUGGAUGAAUCCUACGAUACUACCUUGGCUCCCGCAAAUACCACCGCCACCACCACCAGAAUAGAACAGAAUGAGCUAAUUAAUCAAUUGAAUCGGAGAUGGAAUAAAGCCAUGAUUAACCAACAUCACUUGCAUCAGCACCUGCACCAUGACCAACAACCACACGAUGGCAUGAAACCCAAUAAUGAUGGUAAUGGGAGUACCGACAGAAUUGCAGCUGAUGAGUUGAGCGUCAAGCCUAAUAAACGUAAGAGGAAAAGAGGCAAUAAUAGACGGGUAUCGUUUGAUACCACUGAAGAAGAAGAAGAAGAGGAGGAGGAGGAGGAGAAGGAAAGAGAAUACGAAAGUUAUGAUUUAUUUAACGGGUAG